AUGACACAUGACUGCAAACAAAGCGUUGAAUCAUUGAAUCACUCGUUGUUUGCAUUCAAUGUUUAUUUGGCUUUGAAUUCAAUUUCAACCCAAUUAUGAAUAAAAGCAAUAAUUUUCCCGGAAAUACAAGUCUUCUGGAAGAGCUCGACAAAAAGCUAAUGGUUUUGCUGAGAGACGGGCGGACACUGAUUGGUGUCUUGAGAAGUAUCGAUCAAUUCGCGAAUCUAGUCCUCCAUCAGACCAUUGAGAGGAUAUAUGUGGACAACAAAUACGGAGACAUUCCUCGAGGAAUAUUCCUAAUCCGUGGCGAAAAUGUUGUUCUUUGCGGAGAAAUCGACACCGACAAACACGAGACAAUCGAUCUGAAGAGAGUUCCCGUCGAAGAGAUCCUUGAGUUACAGCAAAUCGAAAUCGAAGCCAAACAACACAAAGAGAAGAUCCGAUUGAAAGCACUUCAGGAAAGGGGUCUCUCCUCUCAUAUCGAGACCAAUACUGAAGAAUAUUAACAUUAUAUCCAAAAUUGCUGUAAAUCUCUUAUAUUUCAUCACUUCUAAUGAUUUCCAAUAAUUGUUUCAAAUUAUGUUUCAUUUGACAUAUUUGUGUAUUUUUGCAAACAUUUCGCAUCCGAUUAGUUAUUGAUUCAAAUUAAG